AUGGCCGCCCUCCCAACCGCCGCAAGUACCACGAACACCCCGCCUUCCCCAACCCAGGCCCAGUCCCUUUCCGAAACCCUUCUCUCCCAAUGCCACGCCCUCCUCCACGAAUUAAGCACUUUCCAAGCCUACCUCGCCGGCCUGGGAAGGCCACAUCUCGUGGAACUCCGCCAGUUCAAGGCCGCGGUGCGAGCCGAGCUCAAGUCGUUGGAGAAAUCGUGUGAGCUGGCCAACAAGGCGGCCGAGGAGGAUUCGGAGGAGGAUAAAUCGAUACCGGGUGGAAAAGAUGGGGAAGAUUCUGAUGAAGCUGAGGAUAGUGAUAGGCGGUUGGGGGUCGGGGAAAGAAAAGUGCUGCAUUCGCUGCGGUCGUCGAAUUUGCCGUUUUACUGGAUGGUUUGGAGGGUUGCGACGACGGCUUGUAAAGGGCUGGUGGGGUUUAAUAAGAGGUUCUACUGGCAGGAAGCUAAGAAGAGGAGGAGACUGGGAGGAGAGUAUGAGGCGAUUGAGGGAGAAUUUGAAAAGCUAGGGUUGUCGAAUGGGGCGAUUGGGAGACGGGAAGAUGAGCAUGAUGCGGCAGUGUCCGUUUCGUCGAAAAGAAAUGUCAUCGUGGAUAUCGUUGCUGAACAUGGGGAUGAAUGGGUAAAAGUGUCUACAAUUACACCCACCCGCCUGCUUUUUGAAUUGGCAAAACAGGGCUGGGAGAUCGAUUCCGACAACGAAGAAAGCGACGAGGAAUAUAGAUUGCAAACAUAUGACAGUGAUGAUGAUGAUGAUGAUGAUGAUGCUAUUGAGCUAGUCAAAUUGGCGGCGGAUAUGAAGAAAGCUGCCGCACACACUCGCGUCAGAUACAAACACCCGAGGAUACGGUUUAUUCUCCCCAAGAUCAUCGAGGGACAAACUCCACAUGUCGACAGGGUCAUUCGCGAAAUCAGGAAAUCGGGCGUGACAGUGCAAUGCGGUACAAUUCCAGAAGACAUGCCAGCACCCGGCGCCGAAAACCCAGACGUAGCGCUUCUUGAAGCCACAUUUGAGUCUCUGCUUCCAAGCCCUUACCCACACCGGACCCCAACAUUGAAUGUCGACUGCACUUUACUUCUUGCCCUGGUAUCCGACCUAUCACACUCCCGCCACAUCGCCCAUUCAGAGCACCAUCAUCGAGCCAUAACUCGACAAAUUGAGCUCGAAGCGGAAAAGCCCCUGGUGCCAUCGGAAUUAUGGCCAGCCAUGGGGGAUAAAAGCCUGGUUUGCACGAACGAGGCGGCCCAAAGAAUGCAAGAGAUCGUAGAUACGAUAGGAACCGAGACGGAGAAAGCUAGGGCUCAAUUGUUAAUGGGGCGAACGAAAGAGGAGCUGAAAAGGGAAGAUUUAAUAUCCCGGUUUCAGAAGUUGUCCGAUUAUGAAGUCCCCGUGGACUGGAAACUGCCCAUUCGAGUAGUAGAAGCUCAUGGAGAGAUUACUCGGGGUUUUGACAAUGGGCAGCUUCCAGAUGUAGCUCGCAAAGUUGCCAGCCAGCUUAGUGAUAUAAACACCACAACCGAACCGUGGUAA